AUGAAAGGGAGGUGGCAUGUCAUGAGCCUGAAGCGGAAAGGAGGGUUAUUUGUCCAGAAUUUCCCCGUCUACACCUACUCCAACGGGAUCCCAAGCCUAGACAUACCUUCUGUCCAAGGUAAUUGCUAUUACGAUGGGUACUUCAUAGGUGACCGAGGGUCCUUUGCGUCCAUCAGCACCUGCUCAGGGCUCAAGGGAAUCCUGAUCAUUGAGAUGAUUGCCUUUAGUAUCCUGCCAGUCAAGUCCUCCAGAAAAUUUGAACAUGCUUUAUACCGCUUAUCUAGGGUAUCGGGCGAUACCUGUGGUGUCAAGACUAAGGAAAGCCCAAAGUUCUGGACAAAACCAGAAAGCUUCAGCCUACUGGAAUUCUCCUCAGCACAGUUCACCCAUGCCUGGUCAUAUCCCAAGUACCUGGAGAUCUUCAUAGUGGUGGACAAUAUUCGGUUCCAGAUGUGGGACAAGAACGUGACCACGACUACUCAGACCCUCAUAGACGUCCUCGCCCUGGUCAAUCACCACAUGAAGCAGAUCAACCUUGAAGUAGUGCUGGCUGGAGUGGAGAUCUGGUCUGAAAGGAACCUAGUCCAGAUCUCCCAGGACCUUCAGGAAACACUCUAUGACUUCAACCAAUGGCAGGCUUCAGAACUCCCCAAAAGGGCUACAUAUGGCGUUGCUCACUUGAUCACUGGGCAGGAUGUUGGGAACCACCAAGGCCAUGCAUUCGUUGGGACCAUUUGUGCCUCCAGGAACCCGACAGGUGUGGAGGUCUUCCAUCAAGAAGACGUUCCUCGAUUUGCAGCCCUCCUGGCCCAUGAGCUAAGCCACAACUUGGGGAUGAAGCACGAUCACCCAGCCUGCACGUGCCCUGAUUCACACUUCUGUUCCAUGCAUGAGCUGAUCACUUUGAAGGGGACCUUCAGCAACUGUAGCUUGAAAGACUUUUACAAGAUGCUGGGCAGUAGCCAAGGGACUUGUCUGUACAACAAGCCCAAGUCCAAGAGCCCCUUUGGUAGGCGGUAUUGUGGGAACAAGAUUGUGGAGGACGGGGAGCAAUGUGACUGUGGCAAUGCCCAAGAGUGCCAAGACGACGAGUGCUGCCUGCCCUCAUGCCAGCUGAAGAAGGACUCGGAAUGUGCAUUUGGACCCUGCUGCAAAAAUUGCAGAUUUGCAAAAGCAACCACACCCUGUCGUCCCAGAGUGGAUGAAUGUGACCUCCCUGAAUACUGUAACGGCACCUCCAGGUGGUGCCAGCCUGAUACCCACAAGCAAGAUGGCAUCCCAUGCCGGGACCAAAGUUACUGCUACAAUGGGCGGUGUGGAAGUCUGGAGAAGCAGUGUGUUGAAUUGUUUGGGAAAGGUUCCAGAGCUGCUUCACACCGCUGCUAUCACAUGAACACCCAGGGGAACCGGUUUGGGAAUUGUGGCAUCAGGUGGCACGGGCCAGUCCGGGUCUUUAGUCAAUGCCAACCCCAGGAUACCAUGUGUGGGAAACUGUAUUGUGAGAAUAUUCAAAGGCUUCCCCAUAUAAAGAGCCAUCAUGCUUUCUUCCAGUUACUCAUGGAAGACACAUGGUGCUGGGGAGUUGACCUCUACAAUGCCUUGGACAUGCCCAACGGUGGGUUGGUGCAAGAUGGCACCUCUUGCGGCCCCCGGAAGAUCUGUAUCAACCAGUCAUGCCUGGAUAUUGAGGACAUUUUCCACGAUAACUGCAGCCUGGACAAAUGCCAUGGGAAGGGCAUUUGCAACAAUCUCAAAAAUUGUCACUGCAAUCGUGGCUAUGAGCCACCCACAUGUCAAUUCCAGGGCCAGGGUGGCAGCCUGGACAGCGGUCCUUCCCCCAGGUUCAAAAUAGUCCAUCAUAAACUGGCUUCCCUGCUCUGGUUCAUAAUGGUUUUUGCUUGGCUCCUUAUGCCUAUUAUUUUUGUGGGGGUUUGCUCUUACUGGAAGAUAGAUAAACCUCAGAUCAGAGAGGAGGACGAUCAGGAUAGUUCAGUGGGCAGAGAAGAUGGAGAGGUGUGAGCCCCCUGGCCUCAUAGGGCCCUUUCCUUUCUAUAAAUGCUUGUAACAUUCCAAUAGAGGGCCAGGUCAUCAGCCCUCAGCCUCCCCACAAGGGACCAG